CUAAGUAAAUAAUAAGUCAUUAUUUGUUCAACCAACAAACUGUGUUGAGUUAGAGGAUUUACCUUUUCCUCAACAGUCAAAGGUAUUUUUAGUUACCCAUCUUAACUGUCUGAAAUUGUCCAUGUUAAGAUAGAGGAGGGUACUGGAAACCCUGAAAUAUUCAGUUAUCAAACCAAUUUUAUUCAGCUACUUAAACUUGAACUAAUGCAUAAAUUACACAAUAAUUUGUUGUUUUUUUUUCCACAUACACACUAGAGAAAAUGGGCCUCUUGCUCUUCAGUGUUUUGUAAAUAAACGUUAUGGGUCUUGUUUUUUUUCAGAGAUUAUUUCAGACGAAGGCCGGCGGGACACUAGGGGGUCGUCACAGCCCUGCAUGGUGUCGAUUGCUCGCUCACUUAGAGAUGAGAUUAUCUGUGUCUUCAUUAUAAUAGUCUCAGGCCAGAUUACAGCACCAUCUGCUGCCAAAACCUCAGCAAGUGAAGGUAAUUAAAGAACAAGAGGAGUAGUAGGCGGAUGUGAUGGUUAAAAAAGACCUAAACCUACAAUAAUACAUUCUGGAUAAAUGAGAGGACAACAGUUACUUUCCAGUGUGCAAUAACAUGUGAUUUAACAUCAGAUUUUUAAAACAAAUAUUAUGGUUGCAAUUGACAGUUCACUUUUUACAUUGAGAGGAUGCUUUGUUCAUAUUAUUGUACAGUUUCUGCCUUACGCCAAAAAUUAAAUAAAGAGGAAAAUUAACUGCCGGCACUGUUCUCCUAUGAAAAACAAAGCAUCAGUUGUUUUUUCAGUCAGCUUUUGAUUUUUGACUCUGACAGCUCCCGCUAGUCGUUGUAGCAACAGAGGAAGUGAGGUGACGUUGUAAAGCCGCAGAUGUGGAGAGAAGGUUGGGCUGGGUGGAUGGGUCAACAAAACAUUGGGCUUUAACACAGGAGACCGCUGAUAAUAAACUUUUACUUUAUCUAUAAUGCAAUCCACAUAUUUGUAAUUGUAAAAAUGACAACUAGGGUCCACUGUUUUGGCCCAAAGUCUGAUCUUUUCCUAAACUUAACUAAGUUAUACUUAUCAGCACAUCGACAAAUAAUCUAUUUGGUCAUUGAGGAUUUUAUUGAGGUUGUUUAUUCAGAUUAAACUAUGUUUUCAGUUCUCUUGUGUUUGAACGUGCUACAAAGAUGCACUGAAGAUAUAUUCCUAUAAGAUAUUGUGACCAGCGUCAGCAUUAAUCUGCAGUAAUCAGAGGUGACUGUUUACAUCUGACUCAAACAAAGUGACUCAUAGCUGAUUAUAGUCCUUGCAGCACCCUGUGAAAGUUAGUGCCACCAGUGAUCAAGAUUUAAAGGACAGUUAACAGAAAUUUAUUGUGGUUUUCAUUACCGAAAAAGCUGUAAAACCAAUUCUCUGACUUCAGUUUUCCUUUCCAAACAGUGGACAUAAUCUGAAAGCGUCUAUCCGCUACCUUUUCUAAACCAGAUGAGAUAACUUCAGAUCUUUCUAUGACCUUCUAAACAGCAUUGCAUACUUUUACAUAAUCAUUCAAUUUUUGUGCAUAAAAUGUUGAGCAAUGCUUCCUCAGGGGAGAAGGCUUUUAGUCAAGCAUCGCAUCGGUCGGUCAAAUACCCCUGCAGGUAUUAUUAUGUAAAAAGCAAUGAGCACAGGAAAUAUUCACCGUACAACUGGCUUACUGCUUCAUCAAGUGUAAUGCUGGGUUUACUCAUCCUUUGUUUGUAUUUUAUUACAUGGAAGCUAAUGUUUAGAUUAAUCUCUUUAUUUUCAAGGGGAUUACUCAGAUGCUACAACUGGUGCUUUUAAAGUCAAAUUAGAGGAGGAAUCUAUGAGACAAUCAAUGAAAAUGUAAAGAAAGAAAAACUUUUCUGUCAAAGAAAGCAAAAACUUGUAGUGCGUUUAUAUGCUGUUGCUUUUAAAACUCUUGCAAAAUUGUAGCUAAUUUUGAUUUUACACAGUUUUUCUGUUGAGACAUAAAUGGGUGGCAGUUGGGAGACAUACAGAUUGUCAGUGAGAUACAGAUAUCUUUUUUUUUUUUUUGUCUGUUGCUAUUUUCUACCUGAGAAUGUUCUCCAUUUAGGUUCAACUUAAAUUCCUUGUCCACAAUUAGAAACUUUGAUAACAUGGAUUCUUCUUUUGAAUCUCAGAACUGUAGUGGACUUAAAUGGAGCAGUGAAAUAAAUUGUCCCUGCAUGAGUUUAAUGCGUACACUGUUGUCGACUUAAAUCACAAUAAUCCUGGAGUACAUUUUCUUUUUAAGCUGUGGUAUUUUAGUUUCCUGUAUUUUGCAUUUGACAGGACACACGACUAAGGAAAUAUUCAAGUUUCAUUUCCGAGUUCAAAGUACCUGUUGGGAAUAAAGAGUCUGCAGCCAAGCCAGCAUGUUUGAGGAUAGACUGAGAUAAAUGCUAGCAUUUUAUUCUCUGGGGUUGAAUAAUUCUCCUGUUUACAAAAAAAAGCAAUAUAUCUGAAAAAAAUGCCUGCAAUCUGCUCUGACUAUAGUUGGAGUGCAGGUCCAAACUGUACUUUCAAAAUACACCAAUCAACCACAACACUGUAUCCACUGACAGGUGAAGUGAAUGACAUUAAUCAUCCUGUUACGAAGGCACCUGUGAAGACUUGGCAGGAGGCAAACAGGCAGUUCAUUAAGUUGAUGUGUUGGAAGCAGGAAAAAUGAGCGGCGCAAUGAUCUGAGUGGGUUUUACAACAAUGAAAUUGUGAUGUCUACUUGACUGGGUCAGAGCAUCUCCAAUACAGCAGGACUUGUGGGGUGUUUCCAGUUACCAAAAGUGGUCCAAGGAUUGAUGAUCAGUGAACCAGUGAGAGGGUCAUGGAUGCCCAAGGAUCACUAAUACGUGUGAGGAGCAAAGACUGAAUGCUAUGGUUUUAUCCUACAGAAAGUAUUGCAGUACAAACUGCUGCCAACCCUAAUGCUGCUGCAGUAGAAUAAAGUCAGAACACACUGCUCUGGGCAAUAUUCUGCUGGAAAACCUUGGAUCCUGGCAUUCAUGUGGAUGUUACGUGGACACUAAGUAUCGUUGUAAACCACGUACAGAAGACGGAAGAUGGAAAUGGGAUAAAAUGAACCAGAACUUUCUUUUUGGAAGCUAUAAAAUGCAACUGUGCUUCUCUUCCUGUGCAGAUGUUUGGCUGCAGGUUCUUUGUUUAUCCAUUUUGGCCAAACUUCAGUGAAUGAUGCGUCCCACCUUAGAGUUUUCAUAAUUUUUAUUUUACAACAUGAACCGCUUUGGCUCCCAAAUCCUGAAAGAAGCAAAAAGCAGCUACUAUUUGCAACCGGCGGUGAUGUCUGAUGAUCAAGAUGAAAUACUCCAUAUAAAAUCUCAGCCUCAACUGACCUGAUGUUUCUGAGACUUGAGGAAUGUAUGCGUUUCACCAGUGCAUUUCAGCCUGAAAAUAACAACAGCUUAAACCAAAGCUGACGUGUUUGUCACUGAAAGUCUGAGCUUCAAAAUAUUCUGACAAGUUUAAUGAUGGAAAAUUAAAGAGUGGAGACAAAUUCAGCAGAUGUUUCCUCUGAACAUCUGUUAUCUCUUUCACACACUUCUACCAGUAAUUUGUCUUCAUUUUUGUGUCACACACCAGCAGGCUGUUGGAAAUAUGGAGAGAUUUGCCUGCAUGCACACACACACAUUAUGGAUGGAUUUUCAUAUAAGACUUUACACAGUAUGUCACGGAUCACCGGCUCUCAAACAGACACUCGAUCUUGUGUCUGUGGCCUCAAUUACUUUGCAAAAGCAGAAAAAUGUGAGGAAUGUAAGCAGAACGAGCAGCAUUCUGGAUUAUAAUCUAAGCUCCAACUGGUAUUUUUUUCUUUUUAUUGAGAUCCCCGAAGGAAGUCUGGACCAUAACUUACCAUUUGUAAUGGAUAAUAUUGCAGGGAAAGAUUUGUGGAAGGGGAGGAGCGAUGGGGUUGGACGAGCAGCACAGAGGGAAGAGUAAAAGAGCUCAAAUGAAGCAGAGGAAAACAAAGACUGCCAUGGGUUUCUAUUGUUUCUCUGGGAGUGCAAAGAAGGAGCGCUUUAAUCAGGGUGGCAGCACAUCAGCAGAGCCGGCGGAGAGAAGCACACAGUUCUCACCCAAAGAGCCCCAAACGCAACAAGAUUAUGAAGAUUUGAUACAUCUGCUGGGAGGCGAAACACGGUGGCUGCAUAUCAAAAGCCAGGAUUAGUUGCCUUUUCAUUUCAUUUCCUCAGGCCUGGCCUCGACCAUGAGGCUAGAGCGCGGGCGGCGGGCUUCUCUGGCGCUCACCCUCAACUUUGUGGCGUUUGCUUUUGCCUUAUCAGCGGUGACCACCAGCUACUGGUGCGAGGGGACCAGGAAGGUGGCCAAGCCCUUCUGCACAGGCCCGCCGGUGAAGGUGAAGCAGUGGUUCUGCAUCCGCUUCAACAGCACCAACCUCAACGACAGCCGCCUGGUGCAGUACAUCUUCGAGACGGGAGAGGAGAAGUUUCUAAUGAGGAAGUUCCACACGGGAAUAUUUUUCUCCUGCGAGCAGGCCGCCGACAUGAACGGGUUUGACUGUCGAGAUUUCUCAGAGAUUGCACCUGAACAUGAAAGAGGGGUGCUGUGGUUGUGCAUCGUGGCUGAGAGCCUGUACCUCACCCUGCUCUUCACGGGCGGGGCUCUGAUGACCCUGGAGCAGUGCCCCUGCUUCAGCAUCAUGAACAAGCUGAAGCUCAGUGCCUUCGCUGCCUUGUGCACUGCCCUGUCAGGCCUUUGUGGGAUGGUGGCCCACAUGAUGUUUACCACCAUAUUCCAGCUGGCUGUUGCUAUGGGACCAGAGGACUGGAGGCCUAAAACCUGGGACUACAGCUGGUCUUAUAUCUUGGCGUGGGGCUCUUUUGGCACCUGCAUGGCCUCUGCAGUGACGGCGCUGAACAGGUACACAAAGACCAUCAUAGAGUUUAAAUACAAGCGGCGGAACAUUGAGAAGAGUCUGAUGAUCAAGCAGAAGAUGAUGGAGAUGGAUCUUCCCGAGCAGAUGUGGGACAUGUACCUGACUGCUGUGCCAGCUGAUGCCGAGGCACCGCUAGAACUGCCGAUCAACGGCCACAAACCCUCCACAGGAACAGAGUACGUGGUUGAAGUGGACAAUGUACCAGAACAACAAGGGGAGGCAUAUUGUUGAAAGUGGAAUGUCAUUUCCGGGCUCAUUGGAAGUUUUCGGGGAUGAUUUCCUGGACCAAGAUUGGUUCCUGGACUUAAAUAUCUAACACAGUAAAAUAUUAGUUUGUUUUGUUCCUCGCCACACAUCAGAUGUGUAUCUAGGAAGCCAGAGGCUGUUUUUUCCAGAGAUAAUGUAACAUGGUCAGCUUUGAUGCAACAUGGAUUUAAUCAACUCUUUCCAUGUCAUAUUAUUUGUGAGAGGAAGGAAAAAAGGCUGCAGUUUCAGCAUCUUCACACUGAGUUGUGGGAAGCUGCAGGAUGUUCACGCUCCUGCUGCAGGACACAUCAUUCAUACCUGCUUUAAACUUCAGCUGAAUCUGCCUUUUCUUCUUUUAUGUUGCAUCAAAUUUGUCCUGUGGCUGACAAGGGUCUGUGACCGACUCAAUGAAAAGAACAAUGGAGCAGAAAAUGAUCUCACUGAGAACAUUACUGCACUGCACCAUCAUGGAUGUAUCACUGAACAGGCCUUCGGGUCAGACACUUUUUAAAGGGACCACAACAACGCACAAAACAGCACAAAGACUCAAAAAUGACCACAAAGUGACACGAAAUUACUACAAAUUAUUGCAAUGGCACACAAAAUGAUCAGAAGGUGUUGUGAAACUAGAAGGACAAACAAAUGACCAUAAAGUAUUGUGAAAUUAACAUGAAGACACACAAUUGCAAAGACAGAAAACAACCACAAAGGGACAUAAAAUUACAUUGAAACAUUAAAAAAAGUCCACAAAGGGCUGCAAGAGAACUUCUAAUGCAAAGGAAUGCAGAGAUGUAAAAAGAAAAUUACCAGAAAGACACAGAAAUGACCACAAAGUGUCCUGAAACCGCCGAAAAGCCACAUAGACGACUGCAAAGACAUACAAAACAACCACAAAUAGACCAAAAUUAGACAAAAUUACCACAGAGUAACAAGAAAUGACACACACAACAACCAUUAAUAGACAUAAAAUGACCUCAAAGAAACAUAAACGAUCACUAAGACACAUAAAAUGACACAAGGAGGUACAAAAUGACCACAAAGACGUGCAGCUUUGUGUCUGUUUCAGCCUUAGUGUCUUGCUCAGAGGUUUUGGGGGGCCUCUAAGGGCCCAUUGUCUAAUAGGACUGAACCAAAAUCUACGUAUUUUCUGGAGCUGUUGGUUUCUCGUGCUGCUCGUCACAGUAGAUUUUUUUGUAGGCAAGUUUGAAAAUAUGCUUGAGAAAUUAAGUGAAAAUUUGUCACACGUUGAAUGACUGAUUUUUUAAAAAAAAAAAACUAAUUUGCAUCCAAUUUUAAAUCAGAAAUUUGCUUUGUGUGUCGACUUGCCUCCCCUUGAAACAGCUCCUGUCUUUGAACAUGAUUUAUCUGGCGCUUUAAAAAGGUCCUUAUUGGUGAAAUCUUCUAAUUUGAGUCAUAAAUCAAACACUGACUGCACUAGACCAGAACAGGAGUGAAGGGAAAUGUCUUCAACAGAGCAGGACUGACAUCUAUUGGAAUAAAAGCAUAAGAUACAUGCAGCCGACAAGCACAAUGUCUUCAGACACUAAUGAUAUCAUACAGUAACUGUCGGAUAUCUUAUCGUUUGGUUCUUCCUGAAAGAACCAUCCAGCGCUGCGUUUUGCUGCUGUGGUAGAAAUAAUCUCAUUAGGUGGCGAGAAUCCAAGAUAUGGUGUGCUCGCUGAUUUCAUCUUUGAUUCAGGGCUCAUGGUGAGCUGCAAAAAUAAUUCUAGUUUCUUCUUUUUUUUUUUUUGCCAACAGUCCUUCUUGUAAUAUGAGUCACUACGUAGGCCCAUAGUACAAGCUGGAACCAGAAGCAUCAGCAUGUCAGUUGUAGGGUUGACGGUCCACCUGUGGCUCAGUUGUUAUUAAAUUUGUCACAGUUAUUCAUGGGGCUCAGAGAAUAAACUCUACUGACACUAAUGGGCUUGUUUGUGGUGCAAACUGGAAUGUUUCCUCAAUUAUUGGCUUGGAUUGCAAUAAAAUUUGGUUCACACAUUCA